AUGGAAACCCGCAAGAAGUAUCACCGAAUUAGUGUCUCCUCAUGUGAAGAAGCUAUCGACAAGCCAUUUGCCUUGCUUAUGGAUAUUUUGAAACGACCUAACUUGGGUAAUUACGUGCGCCAUAUCGAAUGUCGCACAGCAACAUCCAGGCAUAUGGACUAUAAGCAAGUCAAUUCUCAACGGGAUUUGAGCAAUGAGGAGAUGACUCUCGUACGAGAAGCGGUCAAAAAGGGUGGUUUUACAGGACCCCAAGAGGAUCGAGUGGUCAAUAUGCUUAUGCAGAGGAUGGAAAAAACGGCAACGUUCAGCAGCUAUCUUCACCGAGAGAGCCUCGGAACGUUCAUCACCCAAGCCUUGACCGCAAUUCUGAUUGUGGUAUCGCCGAAUGUUGUGUCAAUGGCCUUGACAGAUCCCUCUGGCAUGAGUUGCAACCAUGCAAUCGACUUCCCGCUUGCGCAACUCCUUCGGCAAGCUAACGCCAGUCCCGAAAACAAGUCAUAUCUUCGCAACCUCCGCGAUGUUUAUGUGAUCAACAAAAACGAUAGUACCUGGUCCGAUGGCCGUUUCUAUGUUCCAAUGGACUUUUCUGGUUGCUUGAGGCUAUUUGACAAUCUCCAGUCAAUUGAAUCUGUCCGUGUUGAUAUAAUGGAAGAGGAUCCGAACGGAAAUGUCGAAUUCAAAGAGAAAUGCUCCAAUAUUAGCAAGAUCUCCAUCCACAAUUCGUCAGUUGAUUCUCUCUACCUUGCGAAUCUGAUAUGGUCGUGCAAGAUUCUCAAGGAAUUUCAGUAUUCUAUUGGGGGUAGAGCAAGCAAUGACGGGGGUUUUGCUAUGUUCAACCCUAAAGCAUUCAUCAAAGUGCUUUGCGCGCACAAGAAAACACUGGAAAUUCUCGAUGUCGACGCAGAAAAUGAAAUAUAUAUAUUCGAAGUUGCUGACGAGGAAGAGAGAGAUGACCAAUUCAACCAAUACGGGAGCCCCUUUGAAUCUGGCAUCAGUGACGAGACAUGUAAAUUCUACAAAUCGAUAUGGACAUACAAUGGGUCACUGAAAGAAUUUGUGGCCUUGAAGCGGUUGAGCUUGGGGAUAAACUUUCUGUUAUACCUUGCAGCUGGUGUUAGCGGAGAACCCUACGAGAAGAGGGAAAAGUUGGAUCUGGUAGACUGUCUACCAGUUGGGCUAGAGUACUUGUGUGUUCGGGGAUACCAGAAGGGCCAGAAAGAGGAGCACGAUGAGCAGAUGGAUGCAUUGAUGACAUUUUACAAGUCGGGGGCAUCCCAACUAAAAGAGGUCAAGGGAAUCGAUGAAUUUAUUCCCAAUGCCGAGGUGGUUAAGGAUCCAGAUAAUGACGAUCAUUUGUUGUGGUCGUUGGAGGAGAUUGGGUAUGAGAGUGACUAG